CCUCCGAGAGGACAGGGUCCGGUCCCGGGUGCCGGGGUCCAAACCUGGGGAGGAGCCCGGCCCUGCCCUGCCCUUCCGCAGGGAAGCGAAGUCUGCAGGGCUGGAGCGGCGUCUGUCCCUCCUCUGCGCUCCCUCCCCCUCAGCUGCAGGGUGUGCGCGCGCACGCGAGGUCCGGGGGCUUGUGCGCGCGUGCAAGCGGUGUGUGUUGGGAGGUUGUCCAAAGCCACAGGGAAAAUGGUGGAAAAUUCACCGUCGCCAUUACCAGAAAGAGCGAUUUAUGGCUUUGUUCUUUUCUUAAGCUCCCAGUUUGGCUUCAUACUAUAUCUUGUGUGGGCUUUUAUUCCUGAAACUUGGCUAAACUCCUUAGGCUUAACCUACUGGCCUCAAAAGUAUUGGGCGAUUGCAUUGCCCGUCUACCUCCUCAUUACUAUAGUAAUCGGUUAUGUACUCUUGUUUGGAAUAAACAUGAUGAGUACCUCUCCACUCAACUCCAUUCAUACGAUCACAGAUAACUAUGCUAAAAAUCAACAGCGGAAGAAUUACCAAGAAGAGGCCAUCCCGGCAUUAAGAGAUAUUCCUAUUAGUGAAGUAAACCAAAUGUUCUUUCUUGCAGCCAAAGAACAUCACACCCAAAACUAAAAUGUAUGUAGACUAACAACAAGCAUUUAUUAUAAAAGUUUUUGAUGUAAUAA